UGCGCCCCUUCCAGCCGAGGGGAGGAGGAGGAGGGUGGAUGCGUGGGGAGGAGAGGGGAGGAGGGUGAGGAUGGGAGGGAGGGGACGGGGGUGAGGCUGUGCGAGUUGCUGCAGGCAGGGGGGGUGAGUGUCAGACCCCUGGGGAAGCACUUAGCCAUCUCUCUGCCCUCGCUUCCUCUGCGUCUCUGGGAUACACACACCACACACACCGCACACUCCACACACCUUGAACCCACACACACACACCCUCCCCCUCCGUCCUCCGCUACUCCCCCAUCGUCCCCUCUGGAAGCCUCCGGGCAAAGGAAACCUCUCACGCCUCUCUGGCAGCCCCCGCGGCCCAAUUCUCCCGCUCAGCAUUGGCCAAGGCACGAAGCCGCUGCCGACAGCGGCACACGUCAUUGGUCCUCGUGGAGUUUGGACCGCCCCGACGCCGUGGUGACGCCGUACGACACGCCCCCAGACCGCUGUGUCCCCAUCAGGCCGCAGACGAGCAGUCAGCGCUACAGCUCCAGUUGCCAGUCCUCUCCAGGGCACUACGGCUCCCAGCAUGCCCCAGGGCAACACGGUGAUCCCUGCUGUGACCGUGAAGAGGCCGAGCUGUCGGAGCUUGACUCCCUUUACCAGGCCAGUCUGCUGGCAGGGAAGACAGGCUGCAGCCCAUCCGAGAGGCUCAUAUCGAGGGUGGGAGGGCAGGCUCGCUCCAAGACCCCCAACGCAGACAUGGAGAGGAGUGUGUACGGGGCGGACUGCACCAGCACCCCCACCUACCUCAACAAGCCAAUGAUGUUGCGGGAUCUGCGUUACGGGGUGGAGCCCGACGACGGGGAAAACCUGCGACGAAUCGGACGCAGCCUGAGUGGCACAGUGGUGACCUCGCGCCGCAGCCGCCUGACUGCAACCCGCAGCUUCGUGAAGCAGGCUGAUGUCAGUGCCUCUCCUUGCUUACUUCCUCUCUUCUGAGUCCCUGUUGCUAUUCCACCACUAUCAUCUUCCUCCAUCCUCAUCACCAACACCUUAUCAUCACCACCUCCCUCCACCGCUUCACAGGAGCUGUCUGGCGGUGCGGGGAGUUUCUGGCUGUGUCUG